AUGCAGUUAACGCUCCGAUUACUGCUCAUCACAAUCAUUAUCGCUUGUGGCUUUAUGGGCAAAAGCAAUGCCUAUUGUUCGCUUGAGAAGAUGAAGAAAUUCGCCAUGGAAGCGUGCGAGCAUCUAUUCAUGCAAGAAGAGGCGAGGGAGAAGCGUUCGCUGUCCAUGCAAUAUGAUCACAAUCUCCGAUUACUGCUCAUCACAAUUAUCGCUUGCGGCUUUAUUGGCAAAAGCAAUGCCUAUUGUUCGCUUGAGAAGAUGAAGAAAUUCGCCAUGGAAGCGUGCGAGCAUCUAUUCAUGCAAGACGAGGCGAGGGAGAAGCGUUCGCUGUCCAUGCAAUAUGAUCACAAUGUAAUACAUCACAAUGAAUAUCCCAAAAUCAACGAUAAGAGUCAUUACAUCAGUCGCA